GCAAAAUGGCGAUGGACGGAAUGAUGUCCACGUCUUCGGGUCUAUCUUACCACAAUGCCGGGGAUUUUUACCCCAGAAAGUUCGGCCCAAAGCCGGACGUGGUACCGUCCGGGGUUACCGAGAGGAAAGUGGGACCGCUGGAUAAACCUGACAUGGUGUCCGUGGACGUUAUUAAUAUCAGCGAUUCAGAUGUCCACUUACACAGGAAGAAGCAUGAACACGACACAUAUGUCUUGGGAACCAUUCAUCCAUUCAGGCGGACGCACCGGUCCAUCUUUGGGAAACUUUUGCAGGAAUUCAGACUUGUGUCCUCAGAUAGACGAUCAUGGAGGAUCCUGCUGUUUGGGGCCCUCAACCUUCUGUGCACUGGCUGUCUGCUGAUGUGGUGCAGCUCUACCAACAGCAUGGCCUUAACUGCCUACACGUACCUCACCAUCUUCGACCUUUUUAGCCUGAUCACCUGUCUCAUCAGUUCCUGGGUGACCAUGAAAAAACCCAGCCAGGUCUACUCCUUUGGGUUUGAAAGAUUUGAGGUGCUGGCAGUGUUUGCCUCCACUGUUUUAGUCCAGCUGGGAGCUUUGUUCAUCCUGAAGGAGAGCGUGGAGCGCUUCAUGGAGCAGCCUGAGGUCCACACUGGCCGUCUGCUGGUUGGGACCUUUGUCGCUCUCUUCUUCAACCUGCUGACUCUGCUUUCUGUCAGGAACAAACCCUUCGCUUAUGUCUCUGAAGCGGCCAGCAGCAGUUGGCUUCAGGAACAUGUGGCAGAUCUGAGUCGAAGUUUGUGUGGCAUCAUUCCAGGUCUGAGCAGUGUGCUGCUGCCUCGUAUGAAUCCCUUCGUCCUGAUUAACAUGGCAGGAGCUCUUUCCCUCUGCAUCACCUAUAUGCUCAUAGAAAUCAAUAACUAUAAUGCAGUGGACACAGCCUCAGCAGUCGCCAUUGCUCUUAUGACAUUUGGCACCAUGUAUCCUAUGAGCGUCUACAGCGGCAAAGUGCUGCUUCAGACAACACCGUCUCACAUCAUUGGACAGCUGGACAAACUGCUCAGAGAGGUGUCAACUUUGGAAGGAGUGCUGGAGGUUCGCAAUGAGCACUUCUGGACUGUUGGCUUCGGAUCUCUGGCUGGCUCUGCCCACGUCCGUAUCCGCCGGGAUGCCAAUGAGCAGCUGGUUCUCGCUCACGUCACCAACCGUCUGCUGCCCCUCGUCUCUACGCUCACCGUCCAGAUUUUUAAAGACGACUGGACCAGACCAAUCCUCACAGGGGCCCUCUCCUCCUCUGCGGCCUCUGUCCCCCCUCUGGGUUCUGCUGAAGGCUACACCUCCCUCUCCUCCUCAUCUCUGCCUCCUCUGCUCUACUCCUCCACAGGAGAGAUGGACCCGCUGACCUCCACACCCUCCAAACCCAGCAGCCCUCCUCCAGAGUUUGCCUUUGACACACCAGGGAGGAAUGUGCAACCAGUUGUCCUUCCAACGCCGGGACACCAUACCCACAGGCCGUAUGGAGGCCUUGGACUGGCCUACGGAGCAUCGCCCUACACGGGAAUGCUGAGUCAGGGCCUGACGAGGCCUGGAGGUGGACUUGGACUUGGAGUACAGGGUUUGGGAGCAGGAUAUGGAUUGGGUGUGAGUGGGGCGUCAACUCAAAGUUACAGAACUGCCUAUGGAGGGGCCACAGCGCCGCUCCAGUUCGGAAACAGCAACCCUCUGUCUUCACAGUCACAGUACAGACAAUAUAGACCGUGAAUGUGCAAAGAUGAACUGUGCUUCUGUACCUCUAAAAGACUGUCCUUGUGGAGGUCAAGUUUCACUAAAAGUCUGAUGAGAUUUGUUUUAUUUUUGCAGGCAGGAUGAUCAACGCUACAGUGUUAAGUCCAAAUGCAAAAUGACGGUAACUUUAGAGUGAAAAUGAGUUUUGUGUAAAUGUUGUUGUAUAAGUUCUCUUUGGGUUUGGAAAAGCAGUAGUGGGAUUCUUGUGCUAUUUAUUUCACAGUGAUGGGGACCAAGAGGUGGACUUUGGGUUUGAUAUGGUAUGCUUUUUUAAAUCAGGAUGUCAGGAAGCCACCUCACUGUUGCAAAAAAACUGUGUCCAAACAAAUUGUAACUUUUGUAACAGGAAACACUGAGAGUUAAAAAUAUUGGAAACAUUCCUGGUGAGAGGGAAACAAAUCUUUUUGAUUGAACAGUCAUUGUUUUAAUUUGAAUUUCAGGAAUCUGAAGACUAGGAUCCAAAUGGUUUGACAGUAUUACAUAUUUCAGAUUACUAAUGCAUUACAAGAAAACCUGUAGUGAGGAGGUCACAGUGGAGCUCAUGGCCUGCUAAAGGAAAGGAUUGGUUUAACUUACAGUCUGUUGGGCCAAAUUGAGGGAGGAGAUUGACAGUAGGGAUGUGAUUUCAAAAUACCAGUUAAAUAAUUACUCGUCAGCUGAAAUGCAUUGACACAUCUGCUCCAAAGUGUUGCCUUAAGGAGUCAUUAAGGCUCAUUUAUGCUCUAAGGCUGGCCACACACUAGAUGAUUCAACAAUUCAUAAAACAUGGGAGACCACAGAUGAGAACAAAUUCAAACGAUUUUUCAUCUUGUAAUCCUCUGAACGGCUACAUGAGACAACUCAGCCAGACCGUUAGACCACACACCUGUCCACCUGCCAAUGACUUUGCAUGAUCAUGUGACUUCAGAAGAAAAACAAAUAUGGAUGUCUGUCCGUACCCUUGGCUCUUCCCUCCAUAAUAAGCUGUCCUGGCAUGUGUUACAGAUGCACCCUGGUUGGAAGGAAGGUACAGUUGUGUUUGCUUGUGGGCUGUGCCUACGUAACAGAGCUGGUGAUGCCUUCACUCAGGAUACGCCCCCAUGAAUGUUGGGGGAGGAAAAUCUUGCCUCAAAUCAGGCUUAAAAUCUUGUUUUGUGUGGCCAGCCUAAGUUUGAAACGCAUUCAGAUAUGGAUGGAGCUGUCUGUACUCUGCAUUUUGUCAGGUUUUCUCUUAAAGCUUAUGAAUACGUAUCAAAUGUUGCAAUACCACUUCUAACCAUGGGGGCAGUAUUGAACAGUAUAAUCAGCAGUUCAAGCAAGAAUAGCAAAACACAACAAAGAAGAAUAAUUUGAAAAUAGCAGAAAUUUACUCAAACUGUGAGGAGAUAUUGCUUCAUUUGUUGUAAGUAAUUAAAAACUACAAACACCACAUGUUAGCUCAACUGGGCACAGAGACAGACAAUUACAAGAGAACAGCUAGGCAGAGGAUGGAUGGAGGAGCAACGAAGGAGAUGUGGAGGUCUGUGCCAGACAGCAGCAGACUCUGGUGAUUAAUCUUUAAACAUCCACCCCAACAUAACACACAAGUGGGUGUGUGGGCAGUGAUGGUUUCACUGUUUAAAAUGCAUUAAGAUAUUUACAUAUAUAAAGGGAGCAUAAAUGAGCCUGAAGUUGUACUCUUUGGAUUAAUAAAUGAAAUAUUACUUGAGAACCACCCCUUAUUUUCAUUUAAAAAGAAAAAAAACAGCUCUCUAAAAAAAGGAGAAGCAUUUUUACUUACUUUCCCCAAAUUCAAUAUCCAUGUUUUAAUGAACCAAAAUUUCCCUCCUUUGCCUCUGCAUUAAGGACAAAUUUGUUAAAUCAUACCAUUUUGUCUGUAGAGCUGGCGCUGUGUGAUUAAGAGUGGAAACCAUAAUAUAGAUCAAGUAUGUUUGAAGUGGGAAGUGGGAUUUGCUCAACUAAUGCUCAACCCAAAAUUUAAAAAAUGAUUUAUAAAGAAAAAGAAAAAGUAGAAAAGGAAAUUCAAAGUUGUGCUCUUUUGGAAGCAGGAUGCUGAAUAUUUAUACAUUUUUUUCUUUAUUUGACUAACGGUGUCUCAAUCAUAAGAAUUAUUCUAAUCUCCUAUACUCUCUGGACACCCACAUAGGUGUUUAUAAUUCCUCCGGCUGACAAGGCCAGGACAGGUUAAUAAAAGACGAAACUGUGGUGAGAAUUUAUGAUGUAAUAAAUUCAAAGCACCAACAGGAGUGAUAACAGGUCAGUCCUACAAAAACAGAAUUAUCAGGGUAUUGGAGCUGUCAGUCAAACAAACUUGUCCACACCCACACAAUCCUGAGAAGAGGUCUAAUCAUAGCCUCAAUCACUCACACCUGUGUGUCCAGGACGUUUAAAAAUAUAUUAACAAGUAAGGCAGGAUACUGAAUAUAUCAUCAGCCUUGGAGUCAACAUAAUGUUCUCAUCUUAAUAUCACCUGUCUUUAGAUUAUUUUGUGUUUUUCCUCCAUACUUCUUAAAAGGAAUCCUGUAUCUUCUUGUGUCAUUUGGGCUGCAGAAAAAUGAUGGUACAUUUGUGUUGUCUGUUCUAUACAUGAUGAAAUACAGAGCCUAUGUUUAACAAUGGGAUGAAAGGAGCAUUUUAUGUUUGUUUAAUUGCUAUGUUGACAGGCUGAAGAGUGAUGGGAUCUUAUUUUGAAGCUUUAAUCUGAACUAAGGAGAAGUGUCACAAACCAGAUUUCCUUAAGGGUCGUUCCUUACAGGUCACAGGGUGAGGGGAAGUGUGAUAAAUGUUGUUUUGCUGCAUCAGAGGUGAGAUACCAAACAUUUGUGAACUGAACAUGAAAACACGGUCCUUAUCCAGAACUGACAGACCAACAGUAAAAUGUCAGAAAAGUUCAUAAAGACGAAAAACUGAGUGACACUCAGCCCUGUGGAGAUAUACCCCAUGUAUGUUUAUUUAAAGACGAAAAUGAGGAGACUUAUUAAAAAAAGUUCA